CGUUCAAACUCAUGCGUGCUGCGGCCCCUGCUCCUGCAAGAAGCCUCCGCUCCCUCGCUAGCAUGUCGCAAUUCCCCUUGCUCCUGCUCCUCCUAUUCUUCCUCCCGCUGGUUACCUCCGCGCCGCCCCCGCCCCCGAACACCUCCGCUGCCGCUGGCACCGGCUCCACCACGGCCAUCCUGCUCUCCUUCCUCGCGGCGCUCCCCCCAGCCGCCCAGCGCUUCCUCCUCCCAACAUGGCUCCGCACCGGCGUCAACCACACCUCAUCCCCCGCCUCCAAACGCCACCACCACCACCACUGCGCGUUCCUCGGCGUCACCUGCUCCGCUGCCACCACGGGCGAAGUCUCCGCCGUCAACCUCUCCGGCUCCGGUCUCUCCGGCGCCCUCGCCUCGUCCGCGCCGCGCCUGUGCGCGCUCCCGGCGCUGGCGGCGCUCGACCUCAGCCGGAACAGCCUCACGGGCCCGGUGCCCGCGGCGCUCGCCGCGUGCUCCGCGCUCACGGAGCUCGUCCUCGCCUUCAACCUCCUCUCCGGCACCGUCCCCGCGGAGCUCCUCUCCUCACGUAGUCUUCUCCGGAAGCUCGACCUCAACACCAACGCGCUCACGGGGGACAUCCCUCCGUCCCCCUCGAUGAUUCUCGAGUACCUCGACCUCAGCGCCAACUCUUUCUCCGGCGAGAUUCCCCCGGAAUUCUCCGCUCUCCCGCGGCUCACUUACCUGGACCUCAGCAACAACAACCUCUCCGGCCCAAUACCGGAGUUCUCAGCUCCUUGCCGGCUACUCUAUCUCAGCCUCUUCUCCAACAAGCUCGCCGGCGAGCUCCCACAGAGCCUCGCCAACUGCGUCAACCUCACCGUCCUUUAUCUACCAGACAACGAAAUCAGCGGCGAGGUGCCCGAUUUCUUCGCCGCCAUGCCAAAUUUGCAGAAGCUCUACCUUGGCGACAACGCGUUCACCGGGGAAUUGCCGGCGAGUAUCGGUGAGCUUGUGAGCCUGGAAGAAUUGGUGGUGUCGAACAAUUGGUUCACAGGCUCUGUUCCUGGGGCAAUUGGGCGGUGCCAAUCCUUGACCAUGCUCUACCUGAAUGGAAACCGAUUCACAGGCUCAAUUCCUCUGUUUAUUGGUAAUUUGAGCCAACUGCAGAUGUUCUCGGCCGCGGACAACGGCUUUACGGGGAGAAUUCCACCGGAAGUUAGGAAUUGCCGGGGACUGGUGGACCUUGAGCUGCAGAACAACAGCCUUUCUGGGACGAUACCGCCGGAGAUCGCGGAGCUCAGCCAACUGCAGAAGCUGUAUCUAUUUAACAACUUGCUCCAUGGGCCUGUUCCCCCAGCGCUGUGGCGAUUGGCUGACAUGGUGGAGCUGUACCUCAACAACAACAGCCUGAGCGGUGAGAUACAUUCAGAGAUCACUCACAUGAGGAAUCUAAGAGAGAUCACCUUGUACAGCAACAGCUUCACCGGCGAGCUGCCACAAGACCUGGGGUUCAACACGACGCCGGGAAUCGUACGUGUCGACCUCACUGGCAACCGCUUCCACGGCGCAAUUCCGCCUGGCCUGUGCACAGGAGGCCAGCUUGCUAUUCUUGAUCUUGGAGACAACCUGUUUGAUGGGGGUUUUCCCAGUGAGAUAGCCAAAUGCCAGUCUCUGUAUAGGCUCAAACUGAACAACAACCAAAUCAGUGGGAGUUUACCGGCAGAUUUGGGCACGAAUAGAGGGUUGUCGUACGUCGACAUGAGUGGCAAUCGUCUUGAAGGGAGGAUACCAGCUGUAAUUGGUUCAUGGUCCAACCUCACCAUGCUUGAUCUUUCUGGUAACAAUCUCCUGGGUCCGAUACCUGGCGAACUUGGUGCUCUAAGUAAUCUUGUAACCCUGCGAAUGUCGUCAAACAUGUUGACUGGAUUGAUACCACACCAGUUGGGAAAUUGCAAAAUACUUGUCUGCUUAGAUCUUGGAAAUAACCUUCUGAAUGGAAGUUUACCAGCAGAGGUCACAACGCUUGGUAGCCUGCAGAAUCUUCUACUCGACCGGAACAACUUCACCAGCGCAAUACCAGAUUCCUUUACUGCAACACAGGCACUCCUUGAGUUGCAACUUGGUGACAAUUAUUUUGAAGGAGCUAUCCCACAUAGUUUAGGUAAUCUUCAGUACCUAUCUAAAACUCUGAACAUUAGCAACAACAGAUUGAGCAGCCAAAUCCCAAGCAGCCUUGGUAACCUUCAGGAUCUGGAAGUGCUAGACUUGUCAGAGAACUCGUUGUACGGCCCAAUACCGCCCCAGGUGAGCAACAUGAUCUCACUUCUGGUUGUGAACCUGUCAUUCAAUGAGCUCUCGGGUCAGCUGCCUGCUAGCUGGGUAAAGUUUGCAGCGCGGUCACCUGAAGGAUUUUCGGGGAAUCCUCACUUAUGCGUACGGUCUGAUAUUGAUGCACCUUGCUCCUCCAAGAAACAAUCUGUCAAAAAUAGAACCAGCAGAAACUCAUGGAUUAUUGUGGCUUUGGUACUUCCAACAGUUGUUGUUUUAGUUGCUGCUCUGUUUGCAAUACAUUACAUUGUGAAGAUGCCUGGGCGCCUAUCGGCCAAACGUGUCUCACUCCGUAGCCUGGACUCGACAGAGGAAUUGCCCGAAGACAUGACCUACGAAGACAUCCUCCGGGCUACGGACAACUGGAGCGAGAAGUAUGUCAUUGGAAAAGGCCGGCACGGCACGGUCUACCGGACUGACUGCAAACUUGGCAAGCAGUGGGCAGUCAAGACAGUUGAUCUGUCCCAGUGCAAAUUCCCAAUUGAGAUGAAGAUCCUGAACACGGUCAAGCACCGAAACAUCGUCAGGAUGGCUGGGUACUACAUCCGUGGCAACGUCGGCCUAAUCCUCUAUGAGUAUAUGCCCGAGGGAACACUUUUUGAGCUAUUACACGAAAGGAAGCCUCAGGUAGCCCUUGGUUGGAUGGCUCGGCACCAGAUAGCACUUGGUGUAGCGCAGGGCCUCUCCUAUCUGCACCAAGAUUGUGUGCCCAUGAUUGUGCAUAGGGAUGUGAAAUCAAGCAACAUACUGAUGGACGUCGAGCUAGUACCCAAGCUCACGGACUUCGGCAUGGGGAAGAUCGUCGGCGAUGAGGACUCAGAUGCGACAGUGUCGGUCAUUGUUGGCACCCUCGGCUACAUUGCUCCAGAGCAUGGAUACUCAACAAGGUUGUCCGAGAAGAGCGACGUGUACAGCUACGGAGUCGUGCUGCUCGAGCUCCUGUGCAGGAAGAUGCCUGUGGAUUCUGCAUUUGGAGAUGGUGUGGACAUCGUGACAUGGAUGAGAUCAAACCUGAAGCAGGCAGAUCAUUGCAGCGUCAUGAGCUGCCUAGAUGAGGAGAUCGUCUACUGGCCUGAAGAUGAGCAGGCCAAAGCAUUGCACUUGCUUGAUCUGGCGAUUUCCUGCACAGAGGUGGCUUGCCAGUUGAGGCCUUCCAUGAGAGAGGUGGUGAAUGUCUUGGUGAGAAUGGACAAGUAAGAAUUCCCAGAAGUUUUCAGUAUGUAUUGUGAGGGACCAGGAUCCCCUGUCCACACGUCAGUGACUUUACAGUUACUGACUUUAAGUCAAGGGAUCCCUCUCCGUAUUGUGAGGUCAACAGCCUCAGUACAUACUUGAGGCAGAAAAGGCAGUUGAUAAAGAAUAUUUAGGGGAACUAACCAUUAGUUGA